UCCUCCGUGUGCGCUACAAAUAAAAUGCAGUCGCUCCUGCCGGGUCCAUAAGUGCAAAGUCAACCAGCUGAUUGAAGAUAUUAUCAGCAGCUCAAGCGGACGUCGCCUUUGGGCCUUUGGCUGCUGCCAGACGGAGGGUGUGUCUGGUUUGUAAGGAGCUGCUGUGUGAAGGCCACAAUAGCAGAACGGGUUUGUCAGCUCACUCAUCUUCCAUAUAAGGGUCAGUAACACCUGCCGCUGCUCCGUUAGUUCAGACGAGGGCCAAGCGCUCUGCACAGAUGGCAACAACUACAGCUCACCCCAUGGGAAGCCUGCCCAGCGGACUGGGGAUCUGCACCACGGCCCCGGAUAUACUUUACCUGCCUGAACUGGUGUUCGGGGGUUUGGUCUGGAUCCUGGUGGCCUCGACCCACGUGGACCCGCCAAUGCCUCUGGGCUGGGUGAUGUUCGUCUCCGUCUUCUGCUUUGUUAUGACCUCAAUCUGGAUGGUCAUCUUCGCUGUUGGAGGUCACAAGAGCAGCUCAGGAUGGGCCGCAGCUGACUUUGCUUACCAUGGUCUGGCCACGAUCUUCUACCUGAGCGCGGCGGUGGAUCUGGCUUACAUCACCUACUUAAAGAAAUUCUCCACCCACUUUAAAAACUACCAGAUCGACAUUUCUGCUGUGGUGUUCUGCUACGUGGCCACGCUCCUCUACUUCAUCCACGUCAUCCUCUCCUCCAUCCGCUGGAAAAACUUCUGAAGCGUUCAAUGGAUGCUGCCUCCGCGAUUGUGUGAUGUAACAUUCCUGCCAUGAUGUCAAAACAUCAUCAACUAUUCCGUCGGAAACAUGCUGACCUUUCAGCUCCAGACCUGCUCUGAUAUAAUAACGGUGCUCUGUGUCACUCCCGAAGAAGGUUUUGGAGCUUCAUUUUUGGGAUGUUUAAUAAUGUUUUGCGAAAGUUUUAAAGUUUUUUAAAUAUAUAUAUUAAAAAAAUUAUCUUAUGGACAGAAAAUGGAGCAAAUGGGUCAAAUCUGUCAUAAAAGCAUUAUUUUACAGAAAGAAAACACGCUUUGAUCUACAAAUGGUUCAGCCAAUCAGCUUUUGGCAACUUUAAUCUUUUUAAUGUAUUUCAUUUUGAUCAUAACACGUGUAUAUGCCGCACUUGAAAAAAAAGUGAUUUUAGACCAUUUUACAAAGUAAUAUUAAAAUUCAACACAUUACAAGCCUGAAAUUAAAUGUCGCUGUCUUUUUUUAAUCAGCAACCUCAAAACUGUAAUAAACAUUAAACAUGUUUAAAAAUUACCAUGAAGUAUAUUUAACAAACAAACAAACAAACAAACAGUCUUUUGUGUUUGUUUUAUUUUCAAAAGGAAAGAAACAAGUAAAAGUAACAAUGUGGAGAACAUUUAUCAAUAAAUUACAAUUUAGAGAAUAAACAAAGAAAUUUAAGUAUGAUUAAAAUAUUAAGUAAAAAGAGUACAGAAGGAUAAUGAAUACAACAAAAUAAAAACAAUAAUAAUUUGGUUACACUGCUUUUUAUAAACAUGAUUUCACCCACAUGACUACUGACUACAUAUUGGGGAAAAAAGUAAUGAUUUGGUCAGUUUUUGUUAAUCACUAAUGUGUUAGAUGAUGAUUUCAAUCAAUUCAAAAUUGUUGGAACAGUGAAGCCUGAAAGGUCAAGCAUGGUUAAAGUUUUGGUAAGGAAAGAAUAAAAUCAGAAAAAUACAGUAGGACAGAGAAUACGAAUACAACAACAACAACAACUUGAUCACAUUGUUUGCUAAAAAAUGAUUUCAAAUGUAUGACUGAAGAACAAAAUGAAAAACUAAGUUGAUGUAGAGAAUUUUUGUUAAACUGAUGAAUUCAAAGAUAAAUUUUUCUUUUUUUAAAUAUCACUUCCAGAUUCCUAGAAAGUAAAGACUGAAUUGUAAAGUAUGGAUACAAUUUUUUUAAGGAAAAGAUAUAGAUCAAUACAGUAUAGGAUAGAAAAAUGCAACAACAGCAGCACUGUGUUUAUUUGCUUUGAUUUUGUAAAGUUGAUUUCAAACAAGAAUAAGUAAAAAACCAAAAAUGUAUGUAUUGCUGUAGAAAAUAUAGUUAAUCUCUUAUGAGUUCCAAAAUAAAUCAAAUUAAUUUAAGAUGGGUUAUUAAAAAGGUUAAAAUGUUGAAAGAAGGGAAAAUAUAUUUUUCUUCUUUUAAUAUUUGUAGAAGUAUAAAGAAAAUCAAAAACACUAAAAAUGUUGGCCGCAUGCUUUUGGUAAAGUUAAUUACAUCAGAAAAAGGAGAAACAAAAAGUAUAGUUCCAGAAAGUCGACAGGUUUAGUUAUACUUACCCACAAUUUGAGAUGCUGAUCUUUAAAACAUUCUUUUAAAAUUCUGUUCAAGACUUGAUCACUGUUUUGUUUUUUUCUAAACUUGUGUUUUCACCAUUUGAUUUUUGAGCCAUUGUUCUCCCUAAAAGUAAUUAAUGCAAAUAAUUCACUACUUAAAUGAUAACCAUGUGUAUUUUUAGGUACUUGGUUGAAAUUUUUAGUUUUCACUUUUUGUAUUGCCUACAUUAAAACAAUAAAAAACAUCUGUGUCUUUGAUUCAUUUGCUUUCUUCAAUGAUUAUGGUGUUACUUUGGAUUCCUCUGAGAUAGUUUCCAGUGUACGAAAACAGAUGCC